AUGAAUAAUUAAUCAUUAGCCAAGAGCGCAGUGGAGCGACUUAAUUAAAGUAAUUUUUAAGCGUCAUAACCAUAUGAAUUUGAGACUAAAUAUCAAUAAGAUCAAAAAGAAUUACCUAAUCCAACUAAAUUUGAUUUAGAUGUGAUGAUUAAAUUUUUGGAUGAAGUAGAUUCAAGUAUAAAGUAAACCCAUGAAUACAAGUCAAUUAUUCAAAAGUAUAAAUUAUCAACAUCAAAAUUUUGUUUAACUAUGGAGUAUUAUUAAAUCUUAUUAUUUAGAAAUGAUUAUCUCAACAAUUUGCCAAAUGAGAAAAAAAUUUAAAUCUAUCGAGAUGUAAAGUAUUGAUUUUUGUAAAAGAGAUUUCACGAAUAUAUGAUCACCAAGAGGAAGCAAUAGAGUUAAAGGAUAAAGUCAGAAAGAUUAUAACAUAUAAAUUAGAAGAUAUGAGGAGAAACACAGUAAUAAAUAAUUUAAUCUAAAAAGAGAGAGUCUAAAUGGGGUUUGACAUUGAAUUUAUUACAAUUAUUGCUAAAUAAGAAUAAGGGGAACCGAGAUAUUUUUGAUUUAUUUUAAAAGAAACAUUUACCACCUGAUGUGAGGUAGUUAGUGUGGAAAUUGUGCUUAGAAAAUAAAUAAAUAAGUGAUGAGUAUAGUCGUUUGUUAGGAAAGGCAAGAAUGCUUACGAUGUCAAAAUUUGAUGUUUAAAUUAUAAAAGAUACUGAAUAAAUAGUGAAACAAAUGACAAAGCCAGAUAUGUUUGAUGGAAAUAUGAUAUUUGCAAUGAAAACUAUUUUGAGUUUCUAUGAAUUAAAAUAAGAUAGAAUUCUGACUGAUUAUUUAUACUUACUUUGUAUUCCUCUUGUAUUUGUUUUUGGAACAAGUAAACACUUGUUAAAAAUACCAACAGAAUUAAUAGGAUAUUUUUACUCAUUAUAAUUGAUAGUUUAAUUUUUUGAUCCUUUAGUGGAUUUAAUUAUUAGACACGAUGAAAAGUAUGAAUCAGAGAUGACAGAUUUAUUUAUGAAUAGUGUUAAUGUGUUAGAUGAAGAAUUAGCUUUAAAGUUUUAGAGCGUUCUUAAUUUAAAGAGUCCAACUCAAAGAUAAAUGUUGGUAAUAAUAAUUAAGAGAUUUGUUCAUUCUCUUGGAUUUGCAUUUUUACCUCUUGAUGUAACAUUGUUUAAUAUUGAUUAAAUGAUAAUGAAGGUAGUGAAAAAUAAAUUGGAAAUAUUUAUAAAUAUGGGAAUAAUGUGUUUUUGUAUAAGAAAAGACAUUUUAGUAUGCAAGACUUGGGAUUAAAUAGUUGAUAUAUUUUACUCGAAGGCAAAAUUAAUCACAUUACAAUAGUAUCACGAAUAUUAUUAGGAUGUAUAUAAGAAUGUGAAAUUUUAUGUAUCUCCAUAUGAUGUAGACCCAUAUAAAGUAAACAGGAAUGCAGAAUUUGCAACAGGUAUGUCUAUUAAGUAGAUUUUGAAUAGAUCCAUUAGCAGAGAUUAUAGAGAAAUAAUAAGACAAAGAUAUAAAUGCAUUUAAGAAGAAAUGGUUUGAAGGUAAGGAAUUGUAUGAAGACGACGAUCCAAAUAUAGCACGAUAUUAAUAAUAGCAAUAAUUACCAAAUAAGGAUAAAGCAAUUAAGGAUAUGAAAAUGUAAGAUGCAAUGAAAAAUGUUUAAAUGCAAUAAAAACCAACAUAAAAAUUAGGGAUGGUGCCUGUUUAGGAUUCUGAUGAAGAAGAGGACUUAUUUGAUGGAAUGGAUGAUUAAUGA